AUGCUCCAUCAUGCCAAGUUGGACAAGUGCUUCUGGGCUGAAGCGGCAAUGACGGCCGUCUAUGUGAAGAACCGUUUGCCGUCACCCAAGAUUCCACACAAGACACCGUUCGAGAUUGUCUACAAUUCUAAGCCAAGUGUCAAGCACAUGCGCGUUUUUGGGUGCCAAGCAUACAUCUUGACCCCGAAGGAGAAACGACUCAAGUGGGAUCCCAAGGCCCGGGCUGGAUUGUUUUUGGGCUACGAAGAAGUGUCCAAGGCGUAUCGAGUUUACGACAUCGAAGCGGGGCAGGUGAUGAUAAGUCGCGAUGUCAACUUCGAUGAGUCGGCCUUUGGACUGUCGAUGCUGAUUUCCGAUGACGAUGUUGAUGGCCUGGACUUCGAAUCGAUCGAUCUUGAUGAUGAAGAACCGCGUCCGAGACACUUCAAACAAACAGGAAAGCGCAAGGCCCAACCCAGUCACGACAAUGACGACACAAGCAUGCCCCGAGCAGUGCGCCAACGACCCGGAUUGGAAGAGUCAAGUGCGCCGGAUGACCUCUCUUCACGUCGAGCCAACGAAGAUGAAGAAAGGAAGUCGGAGGAACAACAUGACACACCGACUUCCUCCGCGUUUUGGCAUGCGAGUGCAAACGCCGUCGAAGCAGCGGUCGAUUUUUCGGAGCCGUCGACAUUUGAAGAAGCAGUGUCUGGCCCGGACCAAGUACACUGGCGCAAGGCAAUUGAUGCGGAGCUCGAUUCGAUGAAGCUUCGCGGUGUCUUUCGUGCGGCCAAGUUACCCAACGGACAAAGCGCCAUCGGCACAAAGUGGGUCUUCAAGAUCAAGCGCAAGGCGGAUGGGUCGAUCGAGAAAUACAAGGCACGACUUGUGGCCAAGGGUUUUCGCCAAAAGUAUGGCAUCGACUACACGGAGACGUUCUCGCCCGUGGUCAAGUAUGUGACGCUGCGAAUGGUCAUCGCCAUUACCAAGCACUUUGGAUGGCCCCUCGACCAGCUCGAUGUGGUGACUGCGUUCCUGUAUGGAGUGAUGAAGGAGAAGGUGUUCUGCGCUGUUCCGGAAGGCGUCAAGAUGGAAGGUGAUUUCGACUGUCUCGAGCUGAUCAAGGCGAUCUACGGUCUCAAGCAAGCCUCGCGUGUUUGGAACGAGACCUUCGACGAGUUCAUACGCUCAAUUGGUUUUCAAGCGUCGGGAUUCGAUCCAUGUCUCUACAUCAUGACUUCGGAAGGCCAUUGUGUUUUUGUGCUGGUCUACGUGGACGAUGUCUUGGUGACUGGAAGUUCGCUCGAGAUGAUUGCGCGCACCAAGAACGACCUCAAGACACGCUUCGAGAUGACGGACAGCGGCAAGUGUGCCUUUGUUCUUGGGAUCGAGUUAUUGGACGGUGAAGAUGGCAGCGUGACUAUGUGUCAGCGCCGUUAUGUCGACGAUGUCCUCAAGCGCUUUGGAAUGGAUGAGUGCAAGGCUGUGGCAAGUCCGGUGGACGUCAGCUCUCGACUGAUUCCGAGCAACUCUGCAAGCAAGGUGGAUGUCCCAUUCCGUGAAGCAGUGGGUGCUUUGAUGCAUCUGACGACUGCAACGCGACCGGACAUCGCCUAUGCUGUAAGCUUUGUGUCACGGUUCAUGGAGAAACCCCAAGAAGAACACUGGGUUGCAGUCAAGCGCAUCUUCCGAUACCUACAAGGCACCAAGAUGCAUGGAAUCUGCUACAAGCCAAGUGCGAAGAUCGACUUUCGUGCUAUUCAGAUGCAGACUGGGCCGGUGACCUUGCUGAUCGCAAAUCGACGUCCGGCUACGUCUUCAUGCUAUUGGGUGCUCCGCGAAGCGGAGUACAUCGCGCUCAGCCUGGCGAUCCAAGAAGGCAAGUGGAUCAAUCGCUUGCUGUGCGAGAUCAUGGCGGCUGCAAACGAAGAAGGACCCGAGCUUGUCAUCCGUGAAGACAACCAGUCGUGCAUCAAGAUGACGAAGAAUCCGGUCAACCACGGCCGCGCUAAACACAUCGACAUCAAGUACCAUCACAUCCGUGAUGAAGUCAAGCGCGGCGAAGUGAAGCUUGAAUACUGCGAGACGACGUUGAUGUUGGCGGACAUCAUGACGAAGGGACUUCACGGACCGCGUCACAAGGACUUGACGGCGGCGCUUGGCAUCCGUGCGUGUUCGGAUUGA